AUGAGGUUCGUUCCCUUCGUUGCGCUUGCUGCGCCUGUCCUCGCACAGUACGAUGCGAAGCCAAAGCCUUCUGCAAAGCCCGAGAAGCCUCAGAAGCCCCAGUUGCCUGGAAAGCCUCACCCUCAUGGGCCACCCAAGAAGCUUGUCUCUCGCAAGGACCUGAUCAAGGAUAUCAAGCUCGAGGACCUUCUCGCAGGCUCCCAACAGCUUCAGACUUUCGCCGACGAGGCUGGUGGCAACCGUGCUUUCGGUAGCACUGGUCACAACGCUACCACUGAAUGGCUGUACCAAACGCUCAAGGCGACUGGAUACUACGAUGUGUACAAGCAACCCUUCGUCGAGCUCUUCACCGCAGCGACCACCAAGCUCACUGUUGCUGGCGAAGAGAUCGAGGCCGCUUACAUGACCUUUGGUCCCUCUGGAGAUGUUACCGCCAACGUUGUCAAGGUUAACAACCUCGGAUGCGCUGUUGACGACUUCCCAGCCGGAGUUUCUGGCCAGAUCGCGCUUAUCUCUCGAGGCACAUGUCCAUUCGCUGACAAGGCCGCCAACGCUCAAACCGCCGGUGCGGUCGGCGCUAUAAUCUACAACACCGAGCCCAACACACCCCUUUCUGGUACCCUCGGUGGUGAUGGCGACUACGCUCCCGUUGUUGGCAUUACCAAGGAAGCCGGUGAGGGUAUUGUAGCCAAGCUCGGCACCGGCACAGUUGAGGGAACUCUCUUCAUUGAUGCCAUUCGCGAGAACCGCACCAACUACAACGUCAUUGCCGAGACCAAGCAAGGUGACCACGACAACGUGCUCAUGCUCGGUGGUCACACCGACUCCGUCUUUGCCGGCCCCGGCAUCAACGACGACGGAUCUGGUACCAUUGGUACGCUCAUGACCGGUCUUGCCCUUACCAAGUACAAGAUCAAGAACGCCGUCCGUCUUGGAUUCUGGGGUGCGGAGGAGUUUGGCAAGCUGGGCUCCUUCUAUUACAUGAAGACCAUCAACGGUACCUUCGGUGGUAACGCAACUGAGGCCAACAAGAUCCGCGCCUACCUCAACUUCGAUAUGAUCGCAUCGCCCAACUACGUCCUCGGUAUCUACGACGGUGACGGCAGUGCGUUUAACUUCUCCGGCGCCGCUGGGUCUGACACUAUCGAGAAGGACUUUGAGGAGUUCUACGAGGAGCGUGGCCUUGCCCACGUACCUUCUCUCUUCACUCUCCGCUCUGAUUACGCUGCUUUCCUCGAGAACGGUAUUCCUUCAGGUGGUCUGUUUACCGGUGCUGAGGUGCUGAAGACUGAGGAGGAGGCACAACUUUUCGGUGGUGAGGCUGGUGCUCCGCUCGACGCCUGCUACCACCAGGCUUGCGAUGACAUCGACAACCUGGCCCUCGACGCUUACCUCCUCAACACCCAGAGCAUUGCCAACUCGGUUGCCAAGUACGCCCUAAGCUUCGAAGGUAUUCCAAGGGCCAACAUGACGCUCCGCAAGCGUGGCGCCGAGAGGAGCAGACUCAUGUCGAGAUUCGAUGAUGGUGGACAUGCUCACCAUGGCCAGACAUGCGGUGCUGGAAAGCACACUAUCUAA